AAGACGUUAGAAUGUAUUCGUUUACUUUGCUCUUCUUUUUAGUUAUCUUUGCAUGCAAAAAUAAGACAACAAAGAGAAAAUGUAAUGGAAUUUCUGACACUGUGAAGGGUAAAGACAAUAGCACAAUUCAGACAAUGUUUGGGGGAAGGCAUCGUUAUGUCUUAUUCACAAACUUAUAUCUAGGCAAUAGUCAGUUUCUCCCAUGAUUCCAGGCAUAUGCACCCAACAGUCCAUUUCGUUAUUACUUAUCACUGCCCUAAAGUUCCAAGAAAUGACGAAAUCAGUCUCAUUUGGCAUACAGCUACUUUUUCAGAAGGAAACAAAGCAGAGAAAAAAAAUCGGAGAUAAAUUCAUAUCUAGUAACCACUCUCACUUUUAUUCUAGCUUUUGUAACUGAAAUUGCUGGACUUGCGAGCAAUUUUCCCUUGCUCAACAGAAUUAGGUGAAAGAUCGCUGGAGAUGACUGACAGUGUUAUUUAUUCUGUGAUAGAGUUGUCUACUGCAACCCAAGCCCAGAAUGACUAUGGACCACCGCAAAAAUCUUCUUCUUCCAGGCCUUCCUGUUCUUGCCUUGUGGCAAUAGCUUUGGGGCUUCUAACUGCAGUUCUUACCAGUGUGCUGCUACACCAGUGGAUCCUGUACCAGGGCUCCAACUACUCCACUUGUGCCAGCUGUCCUAGCUGUCCAGACCUCUGGAUGAGAUAUGGUAACCAUUGUUAUUAUUUCUCAGUGGAGAAAAAGGACUGGAAUUCUAGUCUGCAAUUCUGCCUAGCCAGAGAUUCACACCUCCUUAUCAUAACGAGCAACCAGGAAAUGAGCCUGGUCAAAGGUUUCCUCAGUGAGGCCUUUUGCUGGAUUGGACUGAGGAACAAUUCUGGCUGGAGGUGGGAAGAUGGAUCACCUCUAAACUUCUCAAGGAUUGCUUUUAAUAGUUUAGUGCAGACAUGUGGUGCCAUCAACAAAAAUGUUCUUCAAGCCUCAAGCUGUGAAGUUCUUUUACAGUGGGUGUGUAAGAAGGUCAGACGUUGAUGGAUGGCCACUGGUCCUGACCCUCGGAUCUGUCAUGUAUCCCUAAAAGGAGGGAGCCGGCCACAGGCGGUUAGAAAGCCAGGAGCAUAUGGUUAGCAAAUACUGGACUUUCUCAGAUAUGGCAUUACAUGCAAGACAACCUCCUAGGGAUUGAUGCCUAACUGAUGGAUUCUCUUGGAGACUAUUUAGAUAUGUCAACAAUCUAAAGACCAGAUCUAAGCAAACUUUUGAAAUAGAUGUUUGUUUUUUGUAUUUCUCAGUAUGCCAACUAAUGCUGCCACCCUCAUCCCCUGCCCAACCAUCUCUGUCAAAAAUACAUCUUUUUCAUAUUAUAUUCUGAGCUAAUCUGAUAAGAUCUAUGCCAUAUAUACUAUUGCUUAUGUACUAGAGAAGUACAUUAUUACUCCUCUAGUACAUUACCGAUUCCUGGCGGUAUGCUUUUAUCCUAACGGUGAUCCUUGCAGAUCAAACUUUAUUCUAAAGAAUAAACCUAGCUGGGCAUGGUGGUGUGUACCUGUAGUCCUAGUUAUCUGGGAGGCUGAGGUAGGAGAAUUGCUUGAGCCCAGGAGUUUGAGGCUGUGAUUGUGAGCUAUGUGUAGUGAGCUAUGAUUGUGCCACUGCACUCCAACCUGGGAGACCCAGCAAGGCUCUAUCUCUUAAAAAAAAUGCUAAUGGUGAGAACAUAAAUUGUGGGAAGUGAGUGAGAGCAAAGUGGUACUUCCUCCUUCUUAGGUCUUCACACUUAAUGCAAAAACCUGGUCUUGGUUGAUUUUUUUUUUUUUUCUGAGUAUGCAUAGAUAUGGUUGAAUAAACCAAUGUAUAAUUGUAUCUUUUCUAUUCUGUGAAUAUGUGACCUGCAUAUUAAUUUCAAGAUAGCAAUGAAUUCGAUAAGGCAUUUUCAUAGAGGAAAGUUUACAGAGACAGUUUAUGUGGUUGGAUCACCAAAUUGUCUUAGGCACUAAUGCCUCAAAAAUAAGAAAAACUUUAUUAUUUCUCCUUAGUAGAGUUUAGGCAUUCAUAAGGAGAGAGGUGUAGUAAUGAAGGAGACCAUAAUUCUUUUUGUCUUUAUCUUUCAUAGUUUUUUUUAACAAAACAUGGACUAUAUCUUAUCUACCACUGUAUCCCAAAUACCUAUGAUAGUGCUCACAUUCAGUGACUAUUAAAUAAAUAAAUGGAUGAAU